AUGUUUUCAGCAAAUAGUUCGGGCCAAACGAAACGAUCAACGAAUCCGUUUAUAACAAGCUUUGCGGAGAGUGCCUUGGAAGAUAUUGCCUCUUUCAAAACAAUGGUAAAGGGUUCUUCUCGAUUUGAAUUACAAGAGGAGGAUACUUUACCAGAGAAGGAGAGAGUGAUUCAGAAUGAACUGUCUUCGGGAGAAUAUCACAUCUCCAUUGAAUCGGCAGGAAACGCCAAGUUUCAAUUCACAUUCAAGGUCACCAGCAAAGUAUCUGAAAUAUUCUCUGCUGAAGGAACAUUGUACGGAAGAGGGCAAAAAGGAGCAUUCGAUAGUACUUUUAACAUCACUGAGGAACAAGCACCAGCCAACGUAGAACUUAGACUGGUCAAUAGAGCAAGAUUUUGGCAAAAACCUUCGUACAAAUUCCAUCUCAUAAAAAGCGGAGAUGAUCAAGUACAGGCAGCACAAGAAAAUCUCAUGAAGAGUUUUGAUAAUCCAUCAAGUUCUCCUAUCGGUAAACAACCCAACUCUGCAAGAAAGUCUAACUCAACAACAACUAUUCCAAAAUCAUCAUCACUACCAAGCAUUUCCCCUAACAAGAAACUCAAAGUGAAACUUUCAUACAAGCAAGAAACAACAAUUAUCUCUAUAUUUUUAUCAAUGACUAUGGAUGAUCUUUAUGAAAUAAUUUCAAGCCACUACAGUAAUUUUCCAUCAAAAAAUAAUUUUAGCGAGAAAGUUAGCAUCAAAUACGUAGAUGACGAAGACAAAGAGCUUAUAUCGAUUAGAACGCAGACAGAUUUGGACCAUUUUGUAGAAAGUAGUUUGGAGAAUUUUCAAAAUUUUCAAAAUUCUAGCGGAGCUAACGUUUACAAAAAACCCAAAUUAAUCAUUGAGGACGUUGUUUCUUCAAGAGCAAGUACUGGUACUGAUGGUUUACCUUCAAGUCCCCUUACCACGACAAAGGUUUUCCCAACGAAACGAACAAAAAUCAAAACCUGGAUCAAGGGAAAUAUGAUUGGGGCAGGCGCCAACGGGAAAGUGUUUCUCGGUAUCAACUCUGAAACAGGACAAAUGAUGGCUAUCAAGGAAAUUGAAAUCAAAGGAAAGACGAAUAGAGAAGAGGUUAAAAAGAUAAUGGAAGAAGUCGAACUUAUGUCACAAUUUGAUCAUCCUCACAUUGUACGAUAUUUAGGAAGUUUUGUGUCAAACAAACAUUUAAACAUAUUUUUAGACUAUAUACCUGGCGGAUCCAUGGAAACGCUAUUGCUUGAAUUUUCUCUACCAGAAAAUUUAAUAAGAAAAUAUUGCAAGCAAAUUUUGGAGGGAUUGAGCUAUUUACAUGAAAAUGGCGUUGUACAUUGUGACAUUAAGAGUGGUAAUAUUCUUGUAGACGAGAGAAGUAACGUUUAUUUGACAGACUUUGGAUGCUCGAAGAAGCUUAGCUCGUUGGCGAUGGCAGAUGAUUCCUCUUCUCCAUCUAACACUGGAAACUUUGUAAUCGCUGGAACCCCUAAUUAUAUUGCGCCUGAAGUCAUACGUGACCGUACCUAUACUCAAGCAGCAGACAUUUGGUCAUUUGGGUGCACUGUUUGUGAAAUGUUUUCUCAAAAUCCUCCAUGGUCUCACGUACUGUCAAAAUUUGAACAACCUGUGCAUCCUAUUCAAUUAAUGCAUUACAUUAUGACCACCGAAAACGAUUCUGUAGAAAUACCUGCGAACUCUUCUCAAGUUGCAAAAGACUUUAUUAGAUGCUGUUUACAAAGAGAUCCUUCAAAAAGAGCCACAGCCAAACAGCUAUUGGAACAUCCAUUUAUUGUAAACGACAACUCUGACGAACUGGAAUCAGUUUCUCAAAUGUCCAUUGGAAUCACACCUAGAACUCCACAUGAGUACAGCAGGAAAAAGGGAGACGAUGAAGAGGAGGAUGUGUAUGAAGACGAUGGUUUCACAUUUGAUGACUUUCCAACCAAAGACUUUUCUGAUGACUCUGAUGAUGAAGAUCUCUAUAGCAAUAACCCAAUUUACCGUAGCAUGAGUCACAAGAAACUUCUAAAAUCUCGACCAGGAUCCUCCAUAACAACCUAUUCAGCCAAAAGCUCUUUCAAAGAAAAGCCAAUUUAUGAAAACAAUAAUCACUUAGCUCCUCCUGGUAUUACUGCCAUACAAAUAUCACCUCCAGAAGAAAAUGAAUCUACUCUAAGCCAAACACUUGAAGUUCUGAAUUUGAAAUCAGAGUCGUCACAAUUAGAAACCAAAAUACCAAAAAGUAGAAUUAGAUCUGCUGAACUUAGAAAGCACUCGAGUGCCAAUUCUAACUCCUUCGUUAGCAUGCAAGAUAACUGCAAAUUUGGAUCGAUAUCUAUCAGAGCGAACGAGAAUGACAUUAAGAAUUUCCUUAGAAACAAUGCUCAUAUUCAACAAUCGUCACUCUCAUCGGCAAGAAAAGUUGAACCAUCACCUGCAAGCACACCAUCCUUACCCGAAACUGUCAUUACCAUCCCAACAGAAAACAAUGAUCAAUAA